CAAGGUAUUUGACAAUAUUACCAUCUUUAUGUACUGAUCUCUCACAGUGGCAUACGGUACCGCCGGGUUACCUUGUGUUCUAUUAAUUAGGAUUUGAUAUCUAUUCGUGUACUCUCCUGGGGAAUUCCAUAGAGUGUUACAUCACAGUGCUAUUGGUCACCUGUAUAGCAGCACCAUGACACCCGUAUUCCUUUUACUGGUGUUACUAACAACGCUGGAUACAGUCCUCGGUACACAUUUCAGGGGAGGGACCAUGAGUUGGAAACCCCUCACCGGAAACACGGUUGAGUUUAAAUUCAAGAUGGGCUGGUCACAUGGGAAGGGUCCCGGCUGUACGGCGGCAAAGAUAGGACAAUUCGUCAGCACUUCAUUCAUAUCUGACGACCCGUGGAAGUGUGUAAAGGGAUGUGGGGGAACGACCUACUCCCGACCUACUGUGGGACCUGUCUACUACUACUGCACAGGUGCCAACAAAGCUGAAGACUGGGAACAGGGUCAGAACUCCUUCAACUAUACAUUUAGUGGACUAGGUCCAUACACCAUCAGCUAUGCCGGUACCCAGUGGCGUCCUCUGAGUUACGGUGCUAACGGCGAUUGGAACCUGCAAACCAUAGUUGACCUCCACCAUCGGAGUGAUAGUAACCGACCAAACAGCAGCCCUAUUACUUCUAACAAGCCACUGUUUGAGGUACAGUUUACCUGUCACCACGAACUGAAGAUCCCCAUGGUGGACCCAGAUGGAGAUAACCUCAAGUGUAGAUGGGCCACUGGAGACGAAUGUGCCAGCGUCUGUAACGGUGUUCCAGUGGCAACCCUUAACGAGACAUCGUGCACUCUUGUAUUUACUGCCGACAACGGUAAUUUCGUUACAAACGGGUGGUAUGCUGUUGCAAUCACGAUCGAGGACUUCCCAAAGUCGAAUAUCACCAUUGGUGGCAAAACCUUCACACCGUCCGACCCAAUAUCAGCCAUUCCAGUUCAAUUCCUCGUCCACGUGAAGUCGCAACCCAUUCCCUGUGACUGGAAGCCAGAGUUCGUCAACGACACGCUGCUGGAGGGAAGCAAAGUGACUAUAAAGGCAGGCAAGACCUUCUCAACUCAGAUGUACGCCGUCAAUCCGAAGAAUCCGCAAGCUGUAAUAAAAAGCUUGCAGCUGACUGCUCCAGCAGGUGUCACUUACACAGGUCCAUUCCCCGAUCCCAGUCGUCCUCAUGUGGCCUACUGGAAUAUUACCUGGACUCCAACACAGUCCCAGAAAGGCGACAACAUCAUCUGCGGUGUAGCAGAGGACGACAAAGGAAAAAUCACUGAUUCCCGUUGUUUCUCAGUAACAGCUUGGGAUGUUGACCCGUGCAGUAAACAACCGUGUCUCAAUGGGGGCACUUGUUCACGCGCAGGAAGUUCCGAUUUUUACACAUGCGUCUGUGCUGCUGGGUACACCGGUAAUCGCUGUCAGACCAACAUUGACGAAUGCUUGAGCAGUCCCUGUAAACAUGGAGCCACGUGUGUCGAUCAUGUGGCUAGUUACACGUGCGUUUGCCAGACAGGCUACACAGGACCUACCUGCCAGGCUGUUACCGAUAAUUGUGCAAGUGGACCAUGUCAAAACCAGGGAACAUGUUUGAACGCCGUGGCCACAUUCUCCUGUGUCUGUGUGUCGGGGUUUACUGGUUCCACGUGUGGUACGGAUAUCGACGAGUGUCUGUCUACUCCUUGUCAAAAUGGAGGCACGUGCUCCGAUCGCGUGAAUAGUUAUACUUGCGCAUGUGCAAUGGGGUUUUCCGGUCUACAGUGUCAAACAGAUAUAGACGAGUGUUUGAGUCUGCCUUGCCAACAUGGUGGAACUUGCUUGGAUUCUGUGAAUAGUUACACGUGCAGUUGUCGUGCUGGCUAUACGGACGACCACUGUCAAACAGAUAUCGACGAGUGCCAGAGUGACCCCUGUCAAAAUAGCGGAACAUGUGUUGAUCACGUAAACAACUACUCGUGUACAUGUGGAGCAGGAUAUACUGGCACUGUAUGUCAAACAGAAAUAGAUGAAUGCCACAGUGAUCCGUGCAAACAUGGCGGAACCUGUGUGGACAAGGUAAACGGAUACACGUGUAGCUGUGUGACGGGGUAUGCCGGGUUGGAGUGUCAACACGAUAUGGAUGAAUGCCAGAGUGUGCCGUGCAGAAAUGGUGGGACUUGCUCGGAUCAUGUCAAUAGCUUCUCUUGUACCUGUCCGCCUGGGUACACUGACAAUGUCUGCGGAACUGAGAUAGACGAGUGUUACAGUGACCCAUGCCAACAUGGCGGAACCUGUGUGGACCACGUGGCUGGCUAUACAUGCUUCUGUGUGGCAGGAUACACGGAUGUAAAUUGUCAAACAGACAUAGAUGAAUGUUUGACCUUACCCUGUAUGCAUGGGGGCACAUGUACAGAUCUUGUAAACGACUUCAGAUGCACGUGUACCCCUGGAUACACAGACACACGAUGUAAUACAAAUAUCAACGAAUGUAGUAGUAACCCAUGUCAAAAUGGCGGAACAUGCACCGACCACGUGAACAGCUACACGUGCAGCUGCAUGCCGGGAUAUACUGGACUUAAUUGUCAAACAAAUAUAGAUGAGUGUCAUAGUGACCCGUGCCAACAUGGUGGGACGUGCCAGGACCAGGUCAAUGGAUAUAAAUGUGUUUGUGUUGCUGGUUUCACUGGACCUAAUUGUCAAACUGAUAUAGAUGAGUGUCAGUCGUCUCCCUGUAUGUAUGGUGGCACAUGCACGGACCUGGUCAAUGGUUUCCGGUGUACAUGUUCCCCUGGUUUCACAGACACACGCUGUAGUACAGACAUUGAUGAGUGUCACAGUGCCCCUUGUCAACACGGCGGAACGUGUGUGGACAAAGUAAACAGCUACCGCUGUAUCUGUGUUCCUGGUUACACCGGCAGUAACUGUCAAACUGAUAUAGAUGAGUGUCAGUCGUCUCCCUGUAUGUAUGGAGGCACGUGCACGGAUUUGGUCAAUGCUUUCCGGUGUACAUGUUCCCCUGGUUACACAGACACGCUCUGUAGCACAGAUAUCAACGAAUGUCUUAGUAAUCCCUGCCAACAUGGUGGAACAUGCACCGAUCAAGUCAACAGUUACACGUGUAGCUGUAUGCCGGGAUAUUCUGGACUAUACUGCCAAACAGAUAUAGACGAGUGCCAAAGCUUCCCGUGCCAACAUGGCGGAACAUGCCAGGACAACGUAAAUGGAUAUACGUGUGCAUGCGCCGCGGGAUAUACGGAUGUAAAUUGUCAAACAGAUAUAGAUGAGUGUCAGUCGUCUCCCUGUAUGUAUGGUGGCACGUGCACGGACCUGGUCAAUGGUUUCCAGUGUACAUGUUCUCCCGGAUACACAGAUACACGCUGCAGUACGGAUGUCAACGAAUGUAGUAGUAACCCCUGUCAACAUGGCGGAACAUGUACCGAUCACGUGAACAGCUACACGUGCAGCUGCAUGCCGGGAUACACUGGACUGAACUGUCAAAGAGACAUAGAUGAGUGCGCACCCAACCCGUGUAAAAAUGGCGGCACGUGUGUGGACGGAAUCAACACCUACAGGUGUUUCUGUCGACCAGGGGUUUCUAGGAGCUAUGUUGAUGAAUGCCUGAGUCAGCCGUGCCUCAAUAACGCCACCUGUACGGACCUUGUCAACGACUACUCGUGUUCCUGUCUGCCUGGAUAUACAGGCAGAAUCUGUGCCGUCGAUAUCAAUGAAUGCAAGAGUUCUCCUUGCCAACAUGGAUCAUGCAGUGAUCUAAUCAACGACUUUAAUUGUGCAUGUUUUCCAGGAUAUACUGGUCGAAUCUGUGACUUUGAUAUUGACGAAUGUUCUUCUGGUCCAUGUGCACACGGAGGAACAUGUACAGACCAGGUCAACGCCUACACGUGUACUUGUGUGCCUGGCUACACAGAUCCUCGGUGUACCACAGACAUUGAUGAGUGUAAUUCUAACCCGUGCCAUAAUGGUGGCAGUUGCAGCGAUGCUGUCAAUAACUUCACAUGUACGUGCGCAAGUGGAUUUACUGGAUACCAGUGUGAUAUAGAUAUCGACGAAUGUUUGAGUGACCCCUGUCAUAACGGAGGUACUUGUGUGGACAAGCCUAAUGGGUAUGUGUGUAAUUGUGCGGCUGGAUUCACUGGAACAAAUUGUCAACAAGGCAUAGAUGAGUGCGCAAGUUCUCCAUGUGUUCAUGGAGCAUGCGUGGACAGAGUUAACUCCUUCCUGUGUCUGUGUGACCCGGAUACACUGGUCUACUGUGUCAAACAGGAUGAGUGCGCAAGUUCUCCAUGUGUUCAUGGAGCAUGCGUGGACAGAGUUAACUCCUUCCUGUGUCUGUGUGACCCCGGAUACACUGGUCUACUGUGUCAAACAGAAAUCAAGGAAUGCCAAUCACAGCCAUGCUUACACGGAGGAAUAUGUCAGGACCAUGUCAACAACUUCACAUGUGUAUGUGUGUCAGGUUACACAGGCCGUCGUUGUGAGAAAGAUAUAGACGAGUGUGCCAGUUAUCCUUGCCAGAACAACAGUACCUGUAUAGAUGGCGUGGACUCGUUCAAGUGUGUCUGUCCAGUUGGCUACACUGGCACGAGCUGUGGCCAGAAUAUCGAUGACUGUAGCGUGAACCCUUGUUUAAACCACGGUACGUGCGUGGACGGUGUCGCCACCUACACGUGCAGGUGCUCACCAGGGUUCUACGGCCUUCUGUGCGAGAAAGGUAUUGACCACUGUACUCCCUAUCCGUGUCAUAACGGGGCCAUCUGUAUCAAUAACAUCACCACCUACCAUUGCAUAUGUCCUCUGGGAUGGAACGGCAAAAACUGCGACACCAAACUUACCCAUACAGCAAAAUGCUCACAGCUGGAGUACGCAGACUGUAGUUGCGCUUUUUCUAACAAAUACUCUGCCGUUUCCAAACACGUUUCUCCAAGAAAGGCUAUCACUCCCUCAAAGAUAAUUUCCUCCGUCGUCGGGGUGUUACUUGGAUUGCUCAGCAGUCUGUUGGGGUACUUCCUUAUCCUUCAGUGUUGUUGUCAAAACAUACCCCAUAUGACGUCAUCGUUAGUGUCUCCUAACCGUCUAAAGGUCAGACCUGUUGAUCCCGCGAUUCCUCCCUGGCAACAAGGUCACAUGGGAAAUCCACCAACUCUACCCGCACACGGCAGGGAUCCCACGGCAUCUAACUCUGUCAACAUUUACAGGACCACACUCAAUUACAACUUCGGUAAUAACAACAUCACCAAUGCAAUGACGGACUGGUAGGAUAUGGAAUUUUUGUCCUGAAGUAUCUGUUUUCCUGUUUUAUCUCCCCAACCUACAUGCAAUUAAAUUAAAUCAAUGUAAAUUGGCACUUGAAAUCAACACAAGAUCUAGCGAAUGUGACGUCUGUCGGUGGACAUUUCUUUCAUAGCAUUUAUAAAAAAAAAAUACCUGUGUAUAGGAACAUGUAAUAAUAUUGGUUACGUGCUCUAUUGUUGCGAGAUAGAUAUAUAUGUGUCCGGAAAAAAUGAAAUCGGAUAAAUUCUAUAGUUGACUCGAAACUUUGUAGUUAAUCGUAUGCAAAUUCAGCACUCUCCGCGCCAGAACUCGGAUAAGGCAUCCACGCCGUCUGUCCAGCCUGUUCUGUUGUGUGCCGAUCUUUUGACCAAUCCUUUCUGUUGUGUGCCGAUCUUCUGACCAUCCCUUUCUGUUGUGUGUCGAUCUUUUGACCAAUCCUUUCUGUUGUGUGCCGAUCAUCUGUCCAGCCCUUUCUGUAAUGUGCUGAUCUUUCUGUCCAGUCCUUUCUGUUGUGUGCCGAUCUUCUGUCCAGUCCUUUCUGUUGUGUGCCGAUCUUCUGUCCAGCCCUUUCUGUUGUGUGCCGAUCUUCUGUCCAGCCCUUACUGUUGUGUGUCGAUCUUCUGUCCAGCCCUUUCUGUUGUGUGCCGAUCUUCUGUCCAGCCCUUUCUGUUGUGUGUCGAUCUUCUGUCCAGCCCUUUCUGUUGUGUGCCGAUCUUCUGUCCAGUCCUUUCUGUUGUGUCCAGCCCUUUCUGUAAUGUGCUGAUCUUUCUGUCCAGCCCUUUCUGUUGUGUGCCGAUCUUCUGUCCAGCCCUUUCUGUUGUGUGCUGAUCUUUCUGUCCAGUCCUGUCUGUUGUGUGCCGAUCUUCUGUCCAGUCCUAUCUGUUGUGUCCAGCCCUUUCUGUUGUGUGCCGAUCUUCUGUCAAGCCCUUUCUGUUGUGUCCAUCCCUUUCUGUUGUGUGCCGAUCUUUCUAUCCAGCCCUUUCUGUUGUGUGCUGAUCUUCUGUCCAGCCCUUUCUGUUGUGUGCCGAUCUUUUGACUCUCUUCUCCAUCGUUUCACAACUGAUGUUUGUUGUUUUUGGCAAAUUCGUUCAUAUCUUGGUUGUUUUACAUUGCGAUCUUCUUUUGAACAUCUUUCUAAGACACUGAUGCUGGAGCGUGCGUGCCAUUUUUCUUGUUUUCUUUUCUUUUUUUCUUUUCUUUUUUUUAAUUUCCAUUUCUCAGACCUAUUAUAUACAGUAGAACAAGCCUCGCCAGUAAUUUGAACAACUGCUCAAGUUCUCAAGUUCAAGUUCUUUAUUGACUUGGGUCUUCCGACUCAUCAGU